GAUCCUAGUUGCGUCUAAUCGGAUUAGGUGGCUCUGGGUUAACAGACUAGUUUCUCUCUCCGCCCUUCAUGGGAAUGUGCGCGCAGAGCUGCUUUUACUUUCUGCUUCAGAACUCGUUAAAGUUUCCUGUUUGGUUCGCAGACAUUGAACAACUUAAGGAAGGAGAUUUCGUUUUCAGAACGCGCCACUGCAACUUCAGAGGAGCUUCAUGGCUGCAUGGACACAAACUCAACUCCAGAGAUGACGGUCACGGACGGUAAGACUUUUGCGCGCAACAGUUCAACUUCUGAAACCUUCUGACGGCCACCAAGACUGUGUUUCAGUGUUUUGCUGUCUUCUCUAAGCAAUGUGAGGGAAUUUUGUUUGUUUUGAUUUUUUUUAGGUGAUAGUUAAUCACAUGCUUGCGCCAAACACUCUCCCCCGGGCCGAGGACAGUGCCCUAGGUUUGGGGGUUAGAUGGUGCUGAUCACGGACGAAAGGGAUGGAGGAGGCGCCUCAUCGGUCCGCGUCAAACAGCUCCAGCAGCAGAGAAAAGCCGGAGGAAACACCGGACAAAACACCGGACAAAUCCAUCCAACCAUAAUCGAGGAGCCUGUAACCUCCACUUCCGAGGAGAACUACCUGAGCGCGUACGAGGAGGAGGAUGAAGACAGCGAGGAGGACAGCGAUGAAUUCGAAGAAGUUGACUUCGAGGACUUGGAUGACUGUCGGACCAUCGCUUCGGAUGACUCCUUCUACCCUCCGGAUGAUGCGUUCGCGGACUCCGAGCGCAGUCCGUCUCCGGAGAGCCCAGAGCUGCUGUCCCUGUUCAGGGCGUGCUGCACAAACAAUGCGGCGAUCGUCCGGAUAAUGAUACGGCACGGUGUGACCAAGGAGGAGGUUAAGGAAACAGACGGGAAUAACAGGACAGGGCUUUUGAUAGCGUGCUACCAUGGUUUUGUGGACGUUGUCAUAGCUCUAUCUCAGUGUCCAUAUCUGGAUGUCAACUGGCAGGACAGUGAGGGAAACACCGCCCUGAUCACCGCCGCACAAGCAGGCCACAUAACGAUCACCAACUAUCUGCUCAACUACUACUCUGGGUUGGACAUUGAAAGAAGAAACUGCCAUGGCUUCACCCCUCUGAUGAAAGCUGCCAUGCAGGGCAGGAUGGAAUGUGUGCGUGCGCUGAUGCUGGCAGGGGCUUCUUUGGAUGCAAGGGAUCAUGGUCGCAAUUUGACUGCUAGAGAAUGGGCUCUGUUCACGGGACGUUAUGAAACGGCUUGGAUGAUGAUACGCCUGAUGGAGCGCCCUUGCCCAUACCAGUUCUGCGACACGUACAGUUUAGAGUGGCCUCCACUGGCUUCUCUUGCCGUCAAAGCUCAGGAGCCCCGUGGCUGCCUAAAACGCCUGUCAGAUACGGUGCGGAACAUCUUUAACAUCGCAAAUGUCACCAAUCCAGAGGAUGAGGGUGUGAUUGACCACAUGGUGUCUGUUACAACUGCCAUCAGGAGCCCUUUUAUUGCAGUAGCAUGUCACACUGUGUGUCCUGACAGUCCUCCCAGUGUGGGCAAACGUCGCUAUGCAGUUCCAGAGAUUCUUCGGCAGCAGCGGGCCAAAGAGCUGCGCUCCACCAACCCAGAAAGAGUGGACAGCCACCUCAAACACUUCCAAAACUCGCGGGUCACUCUGGUCGCCAAAAGUGCAGAAGACCGCCGAGCCAGCCUUCAAGUUCAGAGAUUGGUGCCUCGACAUAGGAGUUCCAGUGUUGGAAGAGUAGUGUAUAACCAAGCCCUAGAGCUCAGGAGAACCAGCCUGUUACCCAUGCACAUGGUGCUGAGGAGGAGUAGCGUCAGACCGGGCUUCAGCAUCCCCAAAGUAAGGGUGAGCAAGGCUCCCACACUCAUGACUGAACCUGUAAACAUACGAAGAAAGAGCAGCGCCAGAGAAGGAGGGGUGGAUCUACUACAAAUCCCCAAGUGGCGGUACAAGGAGCUGAAAGAGGAAAGACGGAAAGCAGAGGAAGCUGAGAGGAGGAGGCUGGAGUCUGUGACCAGAAGACACAUUGCAGCCGGAAAUAGGAAAUAGUCCAAUUGUCUCAGGGAACUUUUUGUCUUUUAAUCCACAAAAUGACAAAACAUUGACAAGCCAUAAAGCCAGAGUGGAUUGACUGUUCGCUAUGGAUUCUGUGCUCAGGAUACAUCUUGAAUUACCCACAGUGUUCCUAUGCGAGGACACAAUGUGUGGUAGGCGGUGAGAACCAUUUCUGAGUGACUCCCAUUACUUCUACAGCAUUAGUGCUCGCUGCUCAGCACCCUUUGUAAUGUCAAACAGUGAAUACAAAAAUGAUUUGAUACUUGAAAUGUUCUAGCUAUAUUAUUUUUUAAUAUUUAUUGCUUUUUAACACGUGGCGGGAAAUGCAUUUUAUUGGGGAGCACCAGACCGGAAAGCUUACUCUCACAGAAAACGUUUUUUCAUAUUUUCCUUUACUGUGAACAUUUUAGGUAAUCAAAUUUAAAAUCUCAUUGGCUAAAAAUACCAAAUAUAUGCGUACUGACAUUUACCAUUAAUUGAUUUUAUUAUGCUUUUUGUCUAGAAAUUGAAUUGGAAAUGCCUGAAUGUAUUUUAUUUAUAGAAAUUUAAAUGCUUUUUACUUUUUUUUUUAAACUAAAUGUAGUUUUAUGUCUAAAUAUGACAAAUAUGCUUCCAACAAAUGUUUACAUUCCAAAAAAAUAAUAUAAUGCUCCAAAUGAUAGAAACUAACAGUUAUGCAAUGAUGUAUGAGUUUAAUUCACGAAUGAAUGAAAUAACACGUUUGUGUUUCAAGCAAUAAAAUCUUCAAAUUAACAAAAAAA